CAUGGUCAUUGACUCAUCUGUUAUAUUUAUAUUCGAGAACAAGGCAGAAAAGCAAUUCAAGAAAGCAGGAAGAUUCUUCUUCUCCUAUUUUAUUUUUACAUCUGGAACCAGGGAUCUUAAACGAUGUCAAGUUCUGCCGAGUGUUGGGAGUUCCCUGGUCGGAAGUUACCUGAGAAGAAGCCGAGCUUCUCACAGACAUGUAGUCGAUUGAGUCGUUAUCUCAAGGAGAAGGGUAGCUUUGGAGAUCUGAGCUUGGCGAUGACAUGCAAGCCUGACGUCAAUGGAAUAGAUUUUAAAGCUGCUCAAGACGUGAACCUAAAAUAUGACAUCUUUCCUAGGCAAUCAAGCUUUUCUUCUUUCUCUUCCUUUGGGAACAAGGAAGAGGUCGAGAAGAUCGAAGAGCCUAAGGUUGUGAGGCCAGAGUCUCAAUCUGCUCCAUUGACCAUAUUCUACGGCGGUCAAGUUAUGUUGUUUGAUGAUUUUCCUGCUGAGGAAGCCAGGGAAGUCAUUGACUUGGCUAACAAAAAAAGUGCCAACAGCUUCACACCUGAAUUAAACAAUAACCAGAGUGAUUAUACUAAAAAUUUAGCAAAUAAUCAAAAAGAGAUUGCUUCUAUCCGAAGGCCAGUCCCUAGUACUGCAGCUCAAGAGAUCAUCCAGACCAACACGUCCUCUUUAGCUUCCGAACUCCCAAUUGCUAGAAGAGCUUCCCUUCAUCGAUUCCUAGAGAAGAGAAAGGAUAGGAUUACAUCAAAGGCACCGUACCAGAAAGAAGGUUCAACCGAAGCCUAAACACAGCCUGGCUAGGUUUGCAGUUAUCUUUUGGGACUUGUGUAGAUACAGAAGCCACACGAGUGAUCAUCUCAAAAGAUUCUCUUGAUGCUCCAUCGUUUACACUUUACAGAUAUCAAGGUCGUAUUCAUGUUUUUUCAUAAAAUAAAUUUGUCUCACGCGCUAGUCGUCUUGUUUGUUCUAUCAGCCAAUAACGAAUGUAAUCUUAAUACCUGUUUUUUUUUCUGGAAAAUUUCAAUUCUACAAACCGUUAAUGAAUAAUUAUUUUCACAAAUACCCUAAAUUUGUGAUAAAAUAAUACUAAUUUUUUUUAGUAUU